CAUCUAUCUACCUCUCUCUCUCUAGAAGAGUUCGAAAAAAGCUCUCUUUAAUUCCAAAUUGAAACCUUUGAAUAGAAACUCACGAAAAGUAUUGCUCUUUGUUCUACUCUGUUUUUGUUGUUGUUGGAAUUUGAUAAAAUGGCGUCUCAGAGACAACUAAAGGAUCUUCUAGAGGAAGAUCAGGAGCCGUUUCAGCUUCAGAGCUACAUCUCCGAUCGGCGUUGCCAAAUCAAUCCUCCGGUAACGCAUUUACAGGUCAAGAAACGCAGACCCAUCUCUCAAAACGCCGGGCUUCCUUCGCGGUUCUGCCGCAACGCUUGUUUCUUCUCCCUACGUGAAUCCCCUGACCCUAAGAGAUCUCCACUCUUCGAACUCAAGUCUCCGAAUCGGAGACAAAACGCGAUUUUCCUAAAUAUACCUGCCAGGACCGCUUCGAUUCUACUAGAAGCUGCGGUUAGGAUACAGAAACAGUCGUCGUCGGAGGGGUCGAAAACGAGGACGCGGAACGCAGGAAACGCGUUUGGGAUAUUCGGUUCAGUGUUAAAGAAGCUGACGCAUCGGAAGAAACGCGAAAUCAGCGGCGGCAAAGAGGUUUCUUCGGUGAAAGAUAUGUUGAGAUGGGAAUCUCCUGUUGUUCGUAAAAUAGUCACAAGAAAAUCAAAACGCAAAGAAGAAGGAAACUCCUCCCAAACGCAGAAAAUCGCGUCGGAGACGCAGUUCUCAAGGAGGUCUAGUAGUAGUGGCGUUUGGUCAGAGAGUGUUACCAACGGAGAGGGAUCUUGGGACUGCGAUUUCGAAACGUCCAUUAGCUCCAGCAGCCGAUCGGACGGUUUAGAUGAGUUUGCGUGUGGGUUGAUGAACGGUCCAGAUUUUUCGGAGGAUAAACGUUUUGGUGAAAGUCCGUUUCAUUUUGUUCUCCAAACUACGCCUUCCCCUCGCGGUUUCAGAACGCCGAAUUUCUCGUCGCCCGCGGCUUCUCCACGCCACGAUUGUCAAGAGAUGAAGAAAGAGAAUUAUGAAGUAGAGAAGCUAAAGAAACUAGAAAUGGAAGAAGAAGAAGAAGAUAAGGAACAGAGCAGCCCAGUUUCAGUUUUGGACCCUCCAUUUCAGGACGAUGACGAAGACAUUCACAUGGAUGACAAUAACAUCACUUCCAGCUUCAGAUCUGUACAAAAAGCAAAGCAUCUGCUUCUACAGAAGCUCUGUAGAUUCGAGCAACUGGCGGGUUUGGAUCCCAUGGAACUCGAGAAAAGAAUGUCAGACCAAGAGAUCAAGGAGGAGAGGGAAGAAGAAGAAGAAGAAGAAGAGAUGAAGAAUCUUUAUCAUUGUGAGAUUAUAACACAGAGAGUUCUUAAAACGUACUUUGAAGAUAUGACAGAAGUUCCCGAAGGCAUAGAAGCAUUGAUCUCAGACCUUGUGGCAGAGGAAUUGCCAUUGCCAAACGACAACGUUUUGCAAGACGGUGAAGCUCAAGUAGGCAAAAGGGUAUGCGAGAAAUUGAGAUCUUGGAGAGAUGUGGAGUCGAACACAAUCGAUAUGAUGGUCGAACAUGAUUUCAGAACAGAGAGUUUGGGAUCAUGGAGAUCAAAGAACGCUGCAGAAGUCGCAGAGGCGGUUUUGGAUAUCGAGUUUGAGAUUUUUGAGGAUUUGGUUGAAGAAUUAUCAGAAUACAUUGGCGGAGAUCGGUGAUCGGUUUGAUAUUCAGGGUAGCUUCCGUCACAAGUAAUGACAACUAAGUGGGUGUAUGUAAAAGUUUUG